AUGGCUUCCAAAUUCCUCGCCGUGGCGCUUGCUGCCGCCGUCCCGGCCCUGGCUAGAACUGAUCUCGCCGGCUGUACCACCUACGAUACAGUCGUUAGCAACGCGGAUGGCAUGUACGCUACGAGAAUCUGGUACGUCCCCGACUCGGGCGAGAUCUGCGACCUUCUCGACUGCGGCGGCGGCCGAGCUCCUCCCAAGACCACCGUCCCCGGAUGUCCCGCCUACGAAGGCACCGAGACGUACUCUCCUCUCUUUAUCGACCCCAAGACUCUUGGAGUCGCUGCCCCUACUGGUGCUUCUGAAGAGAGUGCUAGUGUUUCUGCUACCAUCACUUCAGCCCCUGUUACAGAGACAAAUGCCAGUGGUACUGCUACUGAGACUGAGGCUGCCACCGAGACCGAAGCUGCUUCUGACACAGAGUCCAAGUCUGAGAGCGCAGUCAAGCCCAUCCUCUCUGGCAUCCGUAAGGCCAACGAUACAGCAAAGUCUACUGCCAUUACUACUCCCGGCCAUGCCACUCUUACUACCACUGCUUCCUCCGGAGCCGGAUCCGGUACCGCAACUUCCGGAUCCGAUUCUGGCUCCGCUUCCGACUCCGAGUCCGCCGCUUCUGGAACGGGGACCGCCGUUUCUACCGCCGGUGCCGCGAUGCCCACCGCCGGUGCUUUCCUUGCUCUCGCCGGCGCCGCCAUCUACGCCGGAAUGCUUUAG